CGGAUUAAUCUGGCGGGCGAUAACAAAAACAAAACCAGCAGCAACGGUAAAAUUAUGAAAUCGUCUUGACAUUUCGUUUUGAUGACGAACGGAAUUUUUCUGGAAACAGGAAAAAGUGAUAGAUUAGUGAAUUUUUAAACCUUGGUGCAAUUUGCAGAUAAAGUUUUCUUAAUAUUCAGUGGGUGGAAUUAUAAAUUUUUUCUGUAUUGCUUAAGUUCUUUUUAUGAAUUUAUUUGUUUUGAAUAAGUAGUGGCUAGUCCAUAAAUUGCAUUUUGAAUAAGUUAUCAGUGUUUUAAAUAUUAUAUUCUGAUUACAUAAGUAUCUAGCAAGAGGUCAUAGAAACAACCAUGACUGAGCCAUCAUAUAUGGAUACUAAAAUAACACAUGUUAUGAAAAAACUAGAAAACAAUAACUCUGAAUGCAUGAAAAACGUUCCAGAGAUUCAUGUUGUGGAAGAGGUUGCGAAUGAAGUGGUUAAAGAAUCUUUGGAAAUGGAAGGAGGUUGUGAAAAUAUUACCCAUACUCCAGUAAGAAAGAAUUUCGAGAUUCCACCACCACCGCCACCAACACCAGUUCAUGACAGGAUUUCCACCAAGUGUGCCGAAGAUAUAAAGCACAAUUCUGUAUUGCAAUUUAAAAUUAUGCAAGAAGCAAAAGAUGCAAUAAAAAUUUUGGAAGAAGAUUGCGGAGUAGUAAUACAAUCUGGAAUGAAUGAUCAUUGUGCUGAAGAAGAAAUCUCGGAAGAUAUCAGUAAUAAUGACACGCUGGCAUUAGAAAAUACCAGAAAAUUAGUAACUGACCGAGAAGACGACCGAACGGCAUCUUCAAAGAUGGAACCGCUAGAAAAGGCCAAGGAGGCAAUACCUCAUUCAAGUAUUUUAAAGAUAUUAGCGGAAGCAGCACCUUCACCCAAUGGCGAUGAAACGCUAAAAAUUCCAAUUAUUGAAAAUGAAUCAACGUCGGCAACAGAAGCACCGCUACUACCAACCCUUGCUAUAGUUGAAUAUCGUUCGGCAUUUGAAAUGUGCGCCAAACAACUUACCGUUGCAGAAGCACGUUCUGCAAGAGUCCAUCGUCUAUUAGAUAAAUGUAUUAAGACUAAUUCACCUGUAUAUGCUACUGCAAUACCAUUACCACCACCUUCAAAUUCGAAUCAGAAUUCGGUAUCCGCCGAAAAUGUGACAUUGCAUAAUGAUAUUUGCUCUGGCAAUAAAUCAAAGCAGUUUUCCAAAACUGACACACAUAACUACAAUCAUCAUCGAAAUGACGAUGAGGCUAUGCCAUUGCAUAUGCUACCAGCACGUUCCUCCACCCCUUAUACUCAACAGACAUUGUCUUGUUCUGUUGUUAAUUGUGAUUUAGCGCUAAUUAGCGAACAGGUUAGCCCUUUGAGUGAAACUGACGAUGAGAAAGAGCCAUUAAUAAUGAAACUACGACAAAUGACUCCACAAACGCAACGUAAAUCAAAAAUGCUUUCAAUUUCAAAAUCAGCACCCGUAAUUAGUCAACAUUUGGAUGAGACCAAACUUUGCAAAUCUAAAUCAUUGGAGAAAUCUAAUUGUUUCACAAGCUAUAGUCGUGCAAGUUUACUUCAUAUACGCAAUGAAUUAUUAAAUAUACAUCAUUCACAUAAUAAACAUCCUACAAAAAAACGCAGUGUGCCAAAUAUCGUAGAUUGCGAUGUCAUCGAAUUAGAGGCGCGAUUACGUCGGCUUAAUAUUUGGAAACCUGAAACUUUUGAGGAAAACAUGAGUGGCCGUAAACAUCAGUGGGCACGAAGUAAUGACAUGAUGCCUGCAUUUUUUAAAAAUAAAAACAUAUUGGAUGAGUCGAUUAUAAAAAGUCAGCCCCCACAGCCAGAACUUAAGGACUCUGCUAUAAUAACAAAUCAACGUCGUAUUGGUAGCGGUAGAUUACCCAAAGUUAAAUGGGCAAAUUCAGUGGGAACCGACAAUCCUCAAUCCUGCGAAAAAGAUGCCAACAAUAAUACGCCAACUAACAACGAUAUUUCAAGUAAGCUUAGGCUUCUUAAGCUUUUUGAAACAAGUAAAGUUGAUAAUAUGCGCCAUGAUAAGAAUGCAAUUAGACCGGCAUUAUCAGCACUAACAGGUCUUGGCAAGAAUGCAGAUCGCGCCGCUACGUCGUCGUCGUCGUCAGCUAAUACCAAUAAUGCCAAUUAUGUAAAGCGUUUAACGUCAGGCUAUUUGGUUGUUACGAAUUCUAAAGAUCGUGUGAAAGAAGAUAACGACCACCAUCGUUAUAAAAAUGAGGAACCGGAAUGGUUUAGUUGUGGUCCCACUUCGCGUCUAGACACGAUUGAAUUGUGUGGUUUUGAUGAUGAUGAAGAGCAGCUGGGCAACAAGACGGACCAUAAUGAUAAUAAGAUUUUGAAUGAAAAUGAUGAUGCCAAAGAAAAUCGUAACGAAAAUGCAAAUAUGGCUUUAAAGAACAAUACUUCAGCACGAAAUUCGCAACAACAGGGCUUCAAGUGUGAAUCAAACAAUGGCAAAGGAAACAGUAAAUCUCUACAAGACAGUGUCGAAUUGCAGGAAGAACGAAAAUCUAUUUCCUUUCAGUAUGACAAAUUUUCAGGAGGUGCAAACAAAACAAUGCAACGUCAGUACGGUGGCGGUAGUGAGAGUAAUGGACAUAAUUCAAGUGGUCGUUCAAGAUUCAUACCAUUUUUUGCGGCAGGUGGCAAAAAGACGCACGACCGUAUUGAAAAGAAUGGCUCAUCAACAUCGUUGAAUGAAUUUUUCAAGCAGGCCUUGAAUGUACAGCAAUCAACUGAUCAACAGAAACAACAACAAAAGCAGACACAACAACACCAAAAAACGGCAUUAAAUUCAAAUAUGAAUUUGGGCGAUAUCCCUUUGGUGGAUGAAUUGGAGGCUAAGUGGCGUCGUAAUUCUUUGACUGAACAUACUCAACAUAACAGCAAUAUUAACAUGGAAAAUAAAAACUAUAAAUACAAAAAUUUUAGUCACAAACAGAAUCAAGAUAAUAUGCAAGACUCAAAUAAUAAUGUAUUAUUACAAAAUUCUGAAAAUUUCAAACAAUUGCUGGGCAAAUUGCAAACUAAUAAUAACAAAAAUGUCCAAAACAAACAAUCAACAACAAACACAACGAAGACAAAUGGCAAAGGCGACGGACAGAAUUCAUCAACAUUUCAACAACAAACAGCAAAUCAAUUUUGCAGUGAAAAUAUUACUAAUUUUAUAUUUAAACAGCAGCAAUAUCAACAACAACAACUUUUGCUUGCAAAUUUACAUAUGAAAGCUAUUUUAAGCCGUCCGGAAGCACAAUAUCUUUUGCUGGGUUUAGCCAAAGGUGAUAUUUCUAAGCAUGGCCUACUUGUUCAACUAUCUAAUCCGCGUUUGCCGCAACGUGAUCGUGAGGCAAUAACUGCAGUCCUCACAUUCACCUCGACACAGCAAACGCACGGAUUACAAACGCAAUUUCCACAUACACAGCACCAGCAGCAACCAACUUUCCACAAUCAACAGACGCAUCCAUUUGAUUCCUUUUCCAAUAAUAUGGUGAUAAAUCAGUUGCAAAAUUUACAAAAUUUGGCAUUAGUGCAGCAAACAUUGGCAGUACAACAACAGCAACAACAACAUCAGCAGCAGCAACAGCAACAACACAAUAGCAAUCAGCGUAAUCCAUUUGCGUUGCAACCAAUGACCACGGAAGAGCUACAAAAUCACACCAAAUUAAUAAUGCAAAAUGCAUUGGCAAAACGAAAAUUUGAAGAGCAACAAUCGAAUAUAUUAGGUAUGCAAAAGAUAUUGCAAUUAAAUGCAGUAGCUACGGCCGCUGCUGCUGCAGCUGCAGUGACAGUUAAUAAACAGCAUCAGCAGCAGCACUCACAGCUACCAAAUCAAAAUCGUAUGCCAACCGGUAUAGCAGCAGCAGCUACCGGACAUAACGGUAGUCAUGUCAAUCGUACAAGUGUCGGUAGUGGCAAUCGAAGACUGCAAGCAUUGCAGAAUCUUUUUAACGAUUCGAAUGGCAUGGUCGACGCUAUGGAUGUAGUAUCAUCCAAAAAUGCGUUCACUAAUGGUUUCCAUCCAUCCAAAUCGCAAUCUUAUCAUAAUGGCGCUGGCGUCUAUCGCAAUACGAGCUAUGGCAAUGUCAAUAGCAUGCCGGCGAUUUCUCGACGACGUUCCUUUCCGAGCAGAUUUUCGAAUGCGAAUGGUGGGAAUUCUGUGCAAACAGGUUCCAUGAAAUGCAAUAAUUCAGACACAGAUUUCCAGCAACAGCAACAACCACAACAAUCUGUAUCGUCAGUAGAGACGACUGACAGCCAUACAGGAAAUCAGAGUCGUUAUAAUAAUUACAACAAUAAAAAUAAUUCAAACAAUAAUAGUCAGGUAGCGUUGGAGAUUACAAUUGGCGCACAAGAGGCGCAGCAACAGCAACAACAACCAACCGUACUGUCAACAGGUGUCGAUGAGCGCCACUAAAAUCUUUGUUGCGUUGAAAAAUUCACCAGUUGGUUUUAUGGCCGCGGGUAUAUUCUCGACGUUUGCCAUAAUUGGCACAUAUCGUUUCGCCAUUAAGCCGCACCUGGAUCGUCGACGUCGCGAGGAAGCCGAAGCAUAUGCCGAAUAUAUAUUUCAACAAGAGAGAUCAAACGCAACAGCUUUCAAGCAAUAACAAAUACAUAUAAAUUAAAAAAAAAUAUUCACAAUAGUAUAAUUUAAGUAAUUGUAAGUAAGGAAUAUAAACAAUUUCCCAUUGUUUUCAAAUGCAAAUUAUAUUACACAACACACAUACAACCACACGCAUCUUAUAAAUGCAUGUUAAAUAUGCUGUAAUUUAUUUGCGUUUGCAGCCGUUGGGAAUGUUGAAAGACUUUUUUGGCUAUGUUUAAUUUAAAUUUAACUUUAAUGAAUCGUAAUUUUGCGAAGGUGUCACGGCAAAAAAGAAAUGGUUAGAAAAGAUUGUAAUUUAUUAUCGAGAAAUUAAAAAAAAAAAACUUUAAA